GAAGUGUAGGAGAGUGAGGGCAGUCGUAACAUUGCUGGUCAUCUGUCAGAUGGUUGCUGCCGGAGCUGGCUAGUAAGAUGUUAUUACUGCUGUGUGGUGGCUUGAGUGAGGACUGGGCAAGAUGGGGGGUUGUGUAGGCACGGCCAGGGAGGGCUCAACCUCCAGCCGCACCUCCUCUGCUGAAGGAUCCACUUCUGUCAGAGUAUUCGAUGGGAGGGACACAAUGCUGCUGAGAUUUGGUGGUACAUCAAUAGGAAAGAAUGUCCCUUUGCGGCACGAGAGGAUCAGAUGGAAGUCCGAUAUGCCACUGACGGAGGGCCAAGUACGCAGCAAGAGGGAUGAAUUUUGGGACACAGCCCCUGCCUUUGAGGGCCGUCGUGAGAUAUGGGAUGCACUGAAAGCUGCAGCACUGGCCAUUGAAAAUAAAGAUUAUGACUUGGCGCAAGCUAUUAUUGAUGGAGCAAAUAUAACACUUCCUAAUGGUGCCUUGACUGAUUGCUAUGAUGAGCUAGGAACAAGGUACCAGCUACCUGUUUAUUGCCUCUCUUACCCACUCAACAUCCUUCAACGAUCACCUGACAAAGAUGGAGAAAAUGAAGCAGAAGCAAGUGUAGAAGGAGAAGAGACUAUUCUUAAAGUCCGUCUUUCCACUACCAGUAAAGAUGUAAAGUUGACAGUGCGUUCAACAGACUCCAUUGCCACAGCAAAGAGAAAGCUUGAUAUUCAAGAGAACCUGAAUGGCAGUCGUCAGCGUUGGUUUUAUGGUGGAAAGCUGCUUGGUGACCGUCUGCUUGUGUGUGAGUGCAAUAUCGUACAUAAUUAUAUCGUCCAAGCCAUUAUCACAGAGGACUUCAUGACAACUAUUGAUAGUUGAGGAUUUGAGGAAGAUUAUAGGUAUAUAAUGUUGAAGAAAUGUUAUAUGUGAUAAUUGAUGUGUCAUAUCUAUUGAGUGAAUGAAGUUAGUGUGAAGCUUGUGGAUUCUUUUAAUGAGAUAAGUUUCAAAGGAUUAGAUUCUUUGUAAUUUUUUACCAAGUAAGCAGAAAUAUUAGUUGACCAUGAUACAUUUACUAUUAGCUUAAGCUGCGGGCUUACUACAAUUGAUAAGUAGUGAACCUUUGAUUUUUUAUGUUUAUAAGUAGAGUACAGUUGUUUUGGCAUUUCCAGUUGGAAAGGACUCCCAUACUUUAGUGAUAGUGUGCCUCGAUGAACUUAUUAUGAAUGGAGUCUGAUAUUUGAAUUACUCUAUUGAGAAAUAUAUAACAUGCAUUUUUCUUAUCGGAUUGUGUUUAGAGUUAUGUUUCUGCAUUUCUGGAAUCUUUGUUACAAUUAUGAUAAGAACUUGGAAUUAAUGGAAGGUAUAGUCAAAUGCAAGUUAUGUCAUAUUCCUAUUUUCUUUUAGUCAGUGUCCAUAUAGAAAAGCAAGGAUAGUUAUAGUAAAUGCUUCUAUGAUUGUUUAGCAAAAAUUAGUUAAAUAACAAAGAAUCACUGGUGUAUUUAUUUUAUUUUAUUAGAAAUGUUACAUCUACUCAUUAGUAAGUAAGAACUAAUUUAUUGUAAUAGCACUGGUCCUUUUUUCUGCAUUCAGUGUGGCAAAAAUUAUAGGAAACACAAAAUAUAUAAGGUUUCUUUAUGAUUUAACUUGAUGCAAUAUGCAUUAUUUUAUUGGAGAAAUACAAGUUUAUUAUCUGGCCAGUGUAGGAUAUUUUUGCCAUAAAUUAUAAUCAAUUUAACAGAGAUCUCUAACAGUGUCAUAUGUUAGUUGCAUUAAGACAGAAAAUGAAUGAUCAGUUUACCUUUUGUUCUGUCAGUUAUUACAAAAUAAGAUAUAACUGCAUAAAGGAAACCUUAAAUUUACUUUAGAUAUUAAGUGCUAAAUUUAUCAGUUUCCAUAUUGUUAAAAAUCCAGGAAAGGUAUUGAGCUGCACACCAUUUUUUAAUUUCAUUCAUUAGAGAGAGGAAGACUGUUUUUUAGUGUCUUUCAUAAUUACAAAUUUUGUUACAUAGUACAAUAUUCAGUUAAAAUUGGUGUGAGUACCCAUUUCAUGGCAAGAUCCUUUACAUUUUUUAUAUAUACGUAUAUAUAUACCUAUAUAUUUUUUUUUCUUAAGUAUGUUUGGUACAGGCUGCUUGGAACCUGUUGGAUACACUAUGGUAAAGUACAAUUAAAGUGAAAUAAAUGCUA